AUGAAUAAAUAAAAGCAAAAAGCAAUAGUUCCUAUAUACAGCGAUUAUGAAGAUAAAAUAUGGUGGUAGUAUGUUGAAUAUAGCGAGCAAUAAAACUAAUAGUUCGAAGAUUUUUUUAAAAAAAACGCUAAAGAUUUACCUAAUUAUAUAACGAAUGACUUUUUUUAAACAUUAAAUAAUAUUCAUAAAUUAAUUGGACUAAAGCCUCACCCUGUUUUAGCAGAAGAACCUUUGUAUUUCUAAGAAAAUCAUGGGAUUAAAAAUAAUGGAUAGAUUUCGUAGGAAGAAUUGGGAUAAGUACAAAUUUAAAAUAACAAUGCACCUUCAACAAAUGAUAUUUAAGAAUCUAAAUAUGUUUUUUUGCUUUUCUAAAAUAUUAGAGUUGACUAAUUUUCUUUGAAAAUAAUUCAACUAAUUCUACCUAACUUUAAUAAUUUGUGUGCACUCAAAUUUUGUAACAAUAAUUUUAGUUAAUAAUCUAUCAACCUAUUACUUUAAUUGAUAAACCAACCUAAUUGCCCUAUUACUAAGUUAUUUUUUGAGUGGAAUCCUCUUAGGCAGGACUUAAUGCAAUCAUUUAUUCCAGCACUAGGAUUAACUCAAUUAGAGUUUUUGGUGCUACGUUCUUGCUAGAUCACCGAUGAAAUUCUCAUUAGCCUUGUUGAUAAUUUUAAGUCUAACCCUAAUUUAAAAUUAAAAUAUUUGGAAUUGUAUCAUAAUAAUUUAAAAGGCGAAGGGAUAAAAGCAUUAGGUUAGUUUAUAGAGAAAUAUUAAAAGUUUGAGUAUAUUGGGCUAUCUAAGAAUGGAAUCCAAAAUCUAGAGAAUUUAAAAGAAAUGUUUCAAGCUAUUGGGAAAAAAGUAAUGAGCUAAGAAGAACUAGCAUUUUAUAGGGAAAAAGAAAAAGAGAAAGAAGCUAUAAUAUAGAAAGCAACAAAAAAUAAAAAACGUAUUACUGAAGAUAUGUAUCCUCACCUUGAUCCCAUAAUUUAGAUGCCAGACGGCUAAUUUGCUACUGUCAGAAACACCCAAAUGAAAAUGCUCAACCUUAGUUUAAAUAGUAUAAGUGAAGCAGAAUCAGAGUAAUUAGAAAAGUUUUUAUCAAACAUAACUGAAGAUCUUUAAAUUGUCUUGUAUCAUAACAACUUUGAAGGAAAGUACAAAGAAAAACUUAAAAAGAAGUAUAGGAAAAACAUUUAGAUCUGA